AUGUAUAUACUGGCAUUAACAGUAAACUCUUUACUCAUCAUUGUGGUGAGAAUCAAUUUGCGGCUUCACACCCCAAUGUAUUUCUUCUUAAGCAACCUGUCCGUCAUUGACAUUGGCAUAACCCUUGUAGCAUCAGAGUGUAUUCUUCUGGCCGUUAUGGCCUAUGACAGUUCUAGAGAGGCUAGAGUAAUGGACAAUUUAAAUGAAACAUCUUUCAAUGGAUUCUUUCUUCUCAGUCUUGCUGAUACCCCAUCCCUACAGGCCUUAAGUAGUCUAACCUUCCUGAUAAUGUAUAUACUCACAUUGUCAAUAAACGCUCUGAUUCUUAUCGCAGUAAGAAUCAAUUUGCGGCUUCACACCCCAAUGUAUUUCUUCUUAAGCAACCUGUCCAUCAUUGACAUUGGCAUAAGUACUUCAGUAGUACCUAAACUUAUCAUAAUUACAAUAACUCAGUAUAAAAGUAUUUCACUUCUUGAUUGUGCUGUACAGAUAUUCUUUCAUUCUGCCCUGGUAGUGACGGAGUGUGUUCUUCUGGCUGUUAUGGCCUAUGAUAGAUACACGGCUAUCUGUAAGCCUCUGCACUACAAUACGCUUAUGAACAAGAGAUUUUGCAUUUCCAUGGUUGCUGUUUGCUGGGCUGUGGGCUGUAUCAAUUCUAGCUUUCAUGUAACAUACACCUUCCAACUGCCCUUUUGCAGGUCCCACCAUAUCAACCAUUUUUUCUGUGAGAUACCUGUUUUAUUUAGUGUGUCUUGCCAAGAUACCUGGUUUCAUGAGAUAUCCAUGUACAUUGCAGCUUGUAUACUUGGCCUUAUUGCAUUUAUUUCAAUUCUUUUUUCAUAUAUUUAUAUCAUCUCCACUGUCUUGAAUAUCCGUUCCACUGAGGGAAGACAUAAAGCUUUCUCUACAUGUGCCUCCCAUCUCACAGUGGUCUCUCUGUACUAUGGGCCUCUGAUGUUCAUGUAUUUCCGCCCUCACUCCAGAAACUCUCCCAGCACAGAGAGAACUGUGUCUGUUAUUUACACGGUUGUGACUCCAAUGCUGAAUCCCAUCAUCUAUAGCAUAAGGAAUAAAGAUAUCAAAGUUACCAUACAAGGAACUCGCAGCUUUUAA